UUUAUCUUGGUCACACAAAUUGAAGCUGCUGACAUCUAUACCUGAGUAGAAAUAUCACCGCCAUGAUGUGACCAAGGUAAACAAAAUUAAGCGUUAAACGAUUUUUAUUUUGAAGAAGCGUUGAAAAAAAUCACGAUGUGGACGUAUUUCUGGGCUCACAGCAUGUACCACCUUACGCGGUGGUUCCCUCAGAACAACCGAGCUAAAAUACGUAUCAUCAUUCUGAUCUUCAGUGCUGGGGUGUUGUUUCCGCAGUUCUUUGUGAUGACCAGAGACCACAGUGGCCGUUAUUGUGGUCAAAACUUGCUGGAAUUCUUGAUAGCCACCAUUGUUUUUACACUUAUGAUGAUAGGUUUCACCUUUAUCUUUACUAUUAUGGAGCCCGUACCUAGGGAAGUAAAACUUGCCUUCCACGUCUUUGGUAUCGUCACAUUUGUUUUUGGGUGCAUAUCUACGAUACUAACAUCCCUAGCAGGAGAUUGCAGUCAGACCACAGAGGAGCUGUAUUAUUUCUCUUUAGCCAUGGCUAUUGCUUCAAUGUGUGCUAUAGCAUUCUUUGCCGUCAUGGUCCCAUUCUGGCUGAUUAACUGGCGAUGGAAGAAGUCUGUUCUUGAUGUGCAGAACCGCACAGGAUUGUGUUAUGAACCAGUCAAUUGUUGUCAGUGUCUGUGGCACAUCUAACACAGCUAAACAAACUCAAGACAAAAAGUGGAUCAUUGUGUAUUUAAGAGCAAAAUUUUGGUCAUGCUGUGGACCAUGAUAAAUUCGAGAUGCACGUACCAGUAGUCAAGUUUAAAUAUCAAAAUAUUUGUCAGUUACACAACCGAGAAAUAGUAGCUACUAGUAUUUGAUUUUUAGCUUAAGACAAACUAGUGGAAGGCAAAAUGUUCAGCUGCUGUUAUGAAGCCUGACAAGUAAAGAUCAGUCAAUGACGCGCAAACCUUUGAUCCCUUUUAGUGAGAUAACAUUCAUUACUACAAGAAGGCAUAUUUAUAUAUUUUUACAAGGAAGUUUUUGUAAAUUUUAUCUCUGUUCUUAUUUGAAUCUUAUCUUUGACAGUUCAAGUCUGUUCCUGUGUUAAAUAUUAUUUGUAGGUAGUACAGCAAAAAAUAAUGUAGUAACUGAAUUAUCUUUAUUGUACUCGCAUCUAUUCAGAUUUUUUUUAAAAUUAAUUUUAUCUAAAUGUGGAUUUCUUGCUGUCUAGUUAAUGCAGAUUUUGCAGGAUUAGAUUGUUUACAUCAGUUUAGGUAUGAUUAAUUAUUUCCUGGAAAUAUAUGUCAAGUAAAUGAAUCAUUGAGGUCCUGCUGGUAAGGAUCAACUGAUAAUAUUUUGUAUGUACUUUAAAUAAAACUUAAUUCUUGAAACAAAGUCCUCAAGCUUCAAAUUGUGAAGCUACAAUCAUUCUACAAGUCAUUUGGCUGAAUGAGGGAUUAACUUUGCUUUAGUUGUAUAAGAAAUGACUAGUGGUUUCUAUGUGUUACAGUUAUCCAAGCUCGCUUCAAAUAUAUAAAUAACGGAAGACAGAAAAGUGGGAGAGGGGGUAGAAAAAACAAAAUUGACAUAAAAGUGGUGUGCAAUAGUUUAUUGCUCAC